AUGUCUCUGUCCUCACUGGCUGCGGGAGGCAAGCAGCGUCGCAAGCGCUCGCGAACUACUCAGGAACAGUUGGCGAAGCUCGAGGAGUAUUUCGCGGCUGAUCAGAGCCCCACCUCCGCUCGACGCCGGGAUAUUGCGCAAGAAUUGGGAUUGGACGAGCGGCAGACGCAGAUAUGGUUCCAGAACAGGCGUGCAAAAGUAAAGCUGCAAGCCAAAAUGAGGGAGCGCGCCGCCGAGAAACUGCUACCGCCCCCUCGGAGCCCACCGCCCCUGACGAGUGGGUUCGACGCGGAAAUCUACAACCUGAUCCACGAGGACGAGGAGGUCACGCUAGUUCCUUGCACCGACCUGACCAUCGGUACCUGGCGGCGCGUUGCAUCUGCAGAUCAUGAGUUGAUUGCCUACACCUGUGAAACGCGGCGCUGCAUCACCUGGUUCGUACGCUCCGACGGCUACAGCUUCAAGAUGGAGGUACCCUACGACAGCAUCACCCAGCAGCACUUCUUGAACGUCUCUCCUGGCGUCGGGUCAGUGGGGUUUACCCUCGAGCGGCCGCCGACGUUUUACGUGGAGAGGGUCUCAGAGUCGAGCCCGGAUGUAGAGCCCGUGCGAAGCUGGCAGCUUUCCGGGGACUGGACGGAGGGCAGCCAGGCGUCUGGCAUCCUGCAGCAUUCACUGAUGGGCCCGGCCUAUCAGCUUGCUCAUCUCGUGAACACCAUAUCGCCUCCCGGGAACUCCCCUGAGGUGUCUUUCUACCCGUCAACGCCGUCAAUAUCCGAUGUCGGGUCCUCGCCAGAGGUUUAUUCGCGUUCCUGCGAAUCUCCAGUGGACCCCCACCCCUAUGCGUCCUCCCUGGUUUUACGUAGGCCGAGUUCCACGAGCAGCUUGCGGAUGCUGCACCAUCCCUCCUUGGAGCGACUGCGCCCGAGCCGGCACGCCAGCGUCCCCAUGUUCCACUCGCCGCUCUCGAACAUGUCUACGCCAAGCUCGACACCCAUGUCCCCUCGCUCGCCCGCCGACAUGUCCGGAAUGCCAGCACCAAUGCUGCUGUACGCCGACAGCAGCGUAGCUCAGCAGCAGUACAUAGUCACACAAGGCCCGGUGUCCGAGCGGCUUCCCCGUCUCCAGCUCGCGAUGCCGAACCUGCCUGGGCUGAACUACGAGUACAACAGUGCGCCCGACUCGCCUUAUGGCUACGCCACCGAGCCGCCAUCCUCCGCAGCAUCUACUCCCGGCUACUACAACACCGUCGAGUCUCCAAUAUGGGAGGAGAUCGUCCCCGACGCGCCCUAUGCCGCGGAGACGGCAGAGCGGCCACAGCAAGCGUACUAUCACUACCCCGACGGCAUCCAGGGCCCCUCUUACGACCGCGGCGGGGGUGCCUGCUGA